UCGAUCAUCUUGCGCGGUAUAUGCAGCCGGCUCUUUAUUCCGUGCCGAACGUUUCUUUACACCCGCUGGUAUGUGUGGUGGAGGUUUAAAAAUGUACUCAUCAUACAUACAAUUCUCUCUCUCUCUCUCGCUCGCUCGCUUUCUGACCACCCAACCUCACCUUCAAACCGGCGCACAACCCUGUCCGGUUCAAAAAAGGUCCUAUUCAUAGUCCUACCGAUACAAUUCAUUUUAAAACACGGGCUACCUCCGGCUAGUACUGCUAUCAUCGCUUUCGAGCAGGUGCGAAUGUUUAUGAAAUCGCACGCGUUUGUUCGCUCGUCCGAGAAUAGUUCGAACAAUUCGCACAAAGCAGAAUUCGACAAACCACAACAAUGGUACCCGGAUUUCUCACACUAUUUGUACUUCUUGUUCGCGCCCACCCUGAUCUACCGUGACUCGUAUCCAAGGACCAAUUCCAUACGUUGGUCAUAUGUGGCCACAAAUCUGUUCCAAGUAGCCGGUUGUGUACUACUCAGCUAUUAUAUGCUCCGGUUCGGGGAUCGUCUGUUCUACAAAGACUGGUGGAAUUCGACGACGUUCAGUACCUGGUACCGGACGUGGAAUGUGGUUGUGCACGAUUGGUUGUACAUUUACCUGUACCGAGAUUUACAACGCUUUGCUCCGCACCGAUCACGACAAUUGGCCGCUGCUGUGGUAUUUUGGUUGUCCGCUGCCGUGCACGAAUAUGUGCUCAUUCUGGUUCUACGCUUUGUCUAUCCCGUGUUGUUUGUAUUUUUCGCGUUUGCCGGUUAUCCAUUCAUCUAUGUGAAAGGUUCCUGUCGUGGUUGGAAUGUGUUCAUUUGGGUCCUAUUGUUUAUCGGUUGGGGUCAAAUGAUGUGUUUGUACUCAAUGGAAUGGUAUGCACGAAAAAAUUGUCAACCGGUGUUCGGCUCGUGGAUCGAUGUCUUUGUCCCGCACAGUUGGUUCUGUCGUCCCUUGGCCAGGCCAAUGGAUUAG